AUGACUGGAAGUGAUUCUUCAAUGUAUGAUCUAGACAUUAUGUCAUCAUUGACAAGUCACCAUGAAAAUCAACAAAACCAAUUAUAUCAUAUUACUACUACUACUAUUAAUAAUAAUAAUAAUACUGCUACUACCACUUCUACUAAUACCACUAAUCAUCAUCACACAGAAACUGGGAAUGAUGAUGGCAGUGAUAAAGUUAUGAAGGACAGAUCAUCUAGAAGUGAUUGUACUGACGACGAUGGUGAUGCAGAUGUAGUUGAUGUUGACGAGAAAGAAGAAGUUGGAGAGGAGCAGAAGCAACAAAUAAAGCAUGAAAGUCCUGUAGGAUCGAUUGCAAUGACUAAUUUAUCUAAUGUAGACAAAACAUUGUUAAUGAACAAUUGUAUUCAAUCUAUUCCUGGGGGUACAAUUCCAUUCCUACCAAUUUCUGCAACACAUAAUGGUCGAUAUGAAUGGCCACCAUUAUCAACAAGAAAUUUAAACUUACCGCCAAACACAUUUUCAAUUCAAAUAUCACCGUCAACAGUAAACACUGAUCAACAUGUUCAAAGAGUCAAUAUAAAUAAUACGGAUGAUAUGCAAAGUGAUACAAGCAAUCAGAUGAUGAACAGUAAUGAUACGAAAUAUGAUUUCAAAUCAACAUUUCCUUCUGCUACUAAUGUAAAUAACAAUGCUGAUGAGGUGGAUCAAACCAGCUGCCAAAAUUUGCCGAUAUUUUCAAACGAAAAGAUAUUGGAUUCCGUUCGAAAUAGAAACAAUAAGACUGAAUCUUCAUCUCCGGAAGCGAAUAUGGUUGCAGCAGCUGCAUUGAAUGCUGUACGCAGAUGGUUCGCUAAUCCAUCAUCACUAAAUAGUACUGACAGUAUGAAUAAACAUGGAUGGAACGAAAAUAUCAGACCAGUGCAUUGUGAUAGAAGUUCAGCUGCUUUUAUGUGUCAAGCAAAUGCUUUAACGAAUACACCAUUCCACUCGUUAUUACCACCAUCUCUUCCGCAUCCACCUAACUUACCUGUUUCACAACAUUCUUCUUAUUUCCCACCUCCACCUCUACCACCAUCAUUAAUGAAUUCGACAUCUGGCAAUACUGUUACUUCAGGCUUAACAUCCAGUCAUCAACAUCAUUAUGGACCAUUUCCACAUCGUGGACAUCAUAGUAGCGGUUAUAUUCCAAAUCAUUCAGGACCAAUACUUCGUGGUGGUAAAAAACGUUCACAUUCUCAAUCAUCUGUAAAUGAAUUAUUUGAUAUAUCUAGUUUAACUCGAAGUUCACAAGGUUCAUUGAAUAUUAUGCAAUCAAUGCGUGGCUCACAUAGUAUGGGACCAAGUGGUGAAGGUUCAUAUGGUCAUCUUUCUGCUGCAUCGCUUGGUGCAAGUCCUGGAGCUUCUUGUGACAUUCCUCGAACAUUCAGCGGCAGUAAUGGUAAUUCAUCGCAGACGGCUCCACCAGCUCCAUUUCGUGAUAGAUCACCAUUUUGGUCACCUAAUUCACCUCAUUCAGUUGGAAGUGGAAAUGGUAUAAUGGGAUUUGAUAGUUAUCAGACAAAUUCACAUAAACCAUUAACAUUACAACUUGGUUUACAAUCAUGUCAACAACAACAUUCAGGGUAUACAUCAACAAGUGCUGGUAGUAAUCGUUCAACUGGUAGUAGUCUAAAUCGUGCACCAUUUGGGCAUCUUGCAGUUUUAUCUUCAUCAAAUUCACUAAGCAAACAAUUACAACAACAAGAAUCGAAUUCUGUAUUCAGUUGUUCAAUGGAUCCUACUAAAAAUCUAUCAGUCAAUGCUUCCAAUAUGAUAACACCAUCGUGUAGAAUCGUUGGGUUAUCUACUACAACUGCUACUAGUGUUGUUGCCGAUAAUACUAAUAAUAAUAAUGUCCUACAGUCAGCAAUGGCUUUUGCUGCAGCUGCAGCUGCAGCUGCUGUGGCCUCCUCCAACUCUGCAUCAUCAGCUAACAUUAUAGAUCGAGAAAACACAUCCUCACUAAAUAAAUUUGUACCAGACAAUACAUUUCAGCGUGACUGUAGAAAUAAUUUGCAUCAACAUUCAUCUACUGAAUGCCAAUCAAAUACAUCAACGCUUACUCCAAUCAAUGGUAAUAAUAGCAACAAUGUUUCAGUAUCAUGGCCUUCUGAAAAUAACCUACAUGAAUCACUCAAUUCUAUGUGUAAUAAUCUAGUGCCUUCAUGCUUUCUGAAGCCUUCUUCAUCUUUAACCAACAAUGUUAAUAAUGGUAAUAUUUUGUCGAAUCAUAUUCCAAAUAAUAAUGGAAAUAUAUCACCAACUAAACUUCUUUGUUAUGAUGAUGUUUGCAUGGAUACAGUAAAUAGUGAAGGUAAUCAGCACGGAAUGUCUAAACUUAUGCAAAAUGAUAACAAUAACAAUAGUGGAUCAAAUAAUUUGCUGUGCCCAACACUAACUAAAGAUUUACUGAAACAGCAUUGUGCACUGAGCAAUUUUAAUAAUAAUUAUCUUAUCAAUAACAGUAAUAGUACUAAUGUACACAAUACCUUACACCACCAUCAGCAACAACAACAUUCCGAAAGAAAACUCAGUGAUGAUUCAUCAAAUCAAAUGCAUAGUAUAAAAAAUCUUAAUCGUGCAGGUAAAGCAACUACAGCAUCAUCAUCAGUAACUGGAGCGGGAGUAGCAACGCCAGCAGAAAUAUUUAAACAAGGAACCAUUGAACACUUAGCUAAAUGGCAAGGUCAAGGUGUAACUGUGACUCGCAGAAACUCAACACGUGAUUGUAGCAGUCAUAAUAAUAACAAUAAUGUUGGAGUUGGACAUUAUGAUGAUGGACGUGUUCCACAAGAGGGUGAUCCAGAUUUUGUUGAGACAACAUGCCGAUGGGGUGAUUGUACAUUACAGUUUGAUGAUCAAGAUGAGUUAGUCAAACAUCUUAGUAACGAACAUAUUGCAGGGAACAAGAAGAGCUUUAUUUGCUUAUGGCGUGAAUGUGUCCGUGGAACAAGACCAUUCAAAGCUCAGUAUAUGCUUGUUGUACAUAUGCGAAGACAUACAGGGGAGAAACCACAUAAAUGCAUAUUUGAAGGUUGUACAAAACGUUAUUCACGCUUAGAAAAUUUGAAAACCCAUCUUCGAUCACAUACUGGUGAAAAGCCUUAUCAGUGUGAAAUUCCUGGAUGCAAUAAAGCGUUUAGUAAUGCAUCGGAUAGAGCAAAGCAUCAAAAUAGAACACAUAGUAAUGAGAAGCCUUAUACAUGUAAAGUUGACGGUUGUUCAAAACGUUACACGGACCCAAGUUCUUUGAGGAAACAUGUGAAAACAGUUCAUGGCGCCGAGGUUUAUGCAAACAAGAAACACAAGGGGGAAAGUUGGAGUGAUCGACCUUGUGGUGGAUCGGGUUUUGGUGGCGGACAAAUGUUUGGAGGUGGAAGUGAUAACACUGCACAAGAUAAGCGACCGAAUGGUUCGAUGCCUGGUGCACGUGGAAGAUUUGGCUCCCGUGGAAUGAACGACAACAAUGCGAUCUUUCAUCGUAGAGGUUAUGCAAAUCGAGAACAACGCCCAUCGUCAUCAAACACUAGGGAAGCCUGUUUGGCAUGUCUUGGCAGUCCAGUUCAUACAUCAUCGAUGCACCCCGUUGAUAUAAACUCUGUACAGACUAUCUCAGAAUAUCACAACCCAGAAUUUUCUAGGCACAGACGAUUUGGUACACAUCUGUCUGGCAGAAGUACGCCACAUAUGAGUUGGAACUUGCCCGAAGAUACUCAUCAAAAUAUAAAUUCUAGUGUUCUAAUGAUGACUUCACCCGUAACAUAUAACAACAGAAAUGAUUAUUUCACCAAUUUCAAGUGUGAGCAUUCCAUUUAUCCAAGUUAUUUUGAUCUCGCUAGAAAUAUGAUUGAUACAGAAACCAAUAAUAAUUUAAUUCCUUCUUGGUCACCAGCGGCAUCACGUGAUAAUGCUUGCUUUCGUAGUGUUGUAGGAGGAAGAGGAAAUGAUGAAAAACCAGAAGACACUAUUUCUAAACGUCAUUCAAAAAUUGACGCAUCAGUAGCACCACAGCCUGUCUCAGUUACUCCUCAACCUAUCCAAUUACCUUCUUCAGCAUUGGAUGAUUCUUAUCAACUGAUUAACUCGAAACAAGAAAAUGUAUUCUCUCCGACAAACGAAGAUUAUGCAACAUGCAUAAGACAAAGUAAUUGUAGUCAGUCAAUACAGAUGGGAACUUAUAAUACAUCAAAUCAGCUGUUAAAAGAAUCAACAAUGAAAUUUUUGAAAUAUCGAACAUCUGACUCAAUAUCAGAUUGGAAAUAUCCAACAUCAUAUCACAAUAUGAAUAAAGAUCACCAGUAUAAUAAUCCUUCCAGUUCACAUUUUAAUGAAGCUGAUCUGAAAAGGCCUUCAAGUGGAAAUUUGUCAGUAUCAUCAAAUUGUCAUUCAAAUAUUGACUUCCCAUUAAAGUCACACAGUCAAACACUAGAUCAACUAAACAAUCGAAUUUCCAAUGGUUGUUUAAAUGAAAUGUUAAACGUUUCAAAUUGUCCUGAAGAAACAUCCUGUGAAUAUAAUUCACAAUUAACCUUAUCUAAGAAAUGGAAAGUGGAAGAUACAAUGACAUGUUCGAAAGGCAAUACUACUAAUCCGACAAAACUUUGUCCCGACUUGAUCGAAGAAUAUUCUCCGAACUCUGAGCAAAAUAAAUGUGUUUCAAAUACAGCACCAUUGAACAAUUCAUAUAGUGAUGAUAAUAUAGAGCAAAAAUCUCGAAUAUGUGAUAUGGAAUGUUUAACUCCUCUUGGUAUAAUACAUGGAAACUCUUCAUCAAAUGAAUUAUGGGAUUCAGAGAGCGCGGCUGCUUCGUCUGGCAUUGGAUCAGGUGUAACAAACAAUACAGUAUCAAAUAAUAAUAGUAAUGAUAAUAUUGUUCAGCAGCAUCAUCAUCGUCAAAAUCACAGGAAAACUGCUAAUCCUCACAAAGGUCAUCCAAAUCACGAUAACAUUACCAAUAAUAAUCAUAAUAAUGAUUACAAUCAAGUUGUCAAUGAUGUUAACAUUACCGGUAAUCAUAGCUCACUUGGUCAGUCAACAUUUUUAGAAACACCACAUACAGAUUUAAACAAUAAUAUUUGCUUCUAUGACAGAUCAAUGCAUACACGAAUGAAUAAUACAAAUGCUCCUUCAUCACUUCCUGUUUGUACUAAUCAUAGUGAUCCAUCAGUGGAUAUGAAUCCACCGUCUCAGUUGGACCUGGAACAGCUUAGUUCAACAAGUUCUCAAGUGAGCAGUGGAGUUGGAUCAAUGAGCUCAUCCAAUGCUGGCAGUGGCUGUAAUUGUACUGGUACAGGUUCAAGUACAGGUCAUUCAAUAACAUGA